AUGACGUCAUUGACGACAGCAGUGCCAUCCACAGUGUUAUUGUCAACAGUAGUGCUCAACAUCACCGAUCGUGCCGGAGUUAGCCAUCCAUCAAGAGCUCUCUUGGAUAGCGGAGCUCAAUCCAACUUCAUCACCGGCAGGAUGGCACAGUUCCUGGAAUUGCCGCGGAAGCUGAUCAAUCUUCCGCUAUCAGGCAUUGGUGGCAGUACAAGAUCGAAUGUGCGACAUUCCAUCGAAACCACCAUCCAUUCUCGAUGCUCGAGCUAUGCUGCAUCAUUGGAGUUGCUUGUGCUACCGAAGCUGUCAGCAGACAUACCAACUCAACGAAUCGACAUCAGCCACUGGAAGAUUCCGGAAACCUGCAUCUUGGCUGAUCCAUCCUUCAAUCGGCCAGGAACCAUUGACAUCAUCUUGGGAGCAACACACUUCUACGAGAUCCUGAGGACCGGACGAUUCUCCCUGGGUGACAGUAUGCCAACCCUUCAGGAAACUGAAUUUGGUUGGGUAGUCAGUGGCAGUGCUACCAUCGCCGAACCCAUGUCACCGGUAAUGUGCGCGGUGGCAACACACACGAACGAGUUGGACAACCUGAUGAAGCAGUUCUUCGCCAUCGAAGACCUGAGCAACAUACCGAGUUGGAGCAUCGAGGAACGAGCCCGUGAGGAUCAUUACACGGCAACCACCACACGAGAAGAGGAUGGCAGGUACAUGGUUCAGCUUCCACGCAAGCCAGAGAUGAUUGGCAAGCUUGGCGAUUCAAGGACUAUCGCACUUCGACGGUUCCUAGCACUAGAACGUCGACUGCAACGGGAACCCGACACCCAACGUGCCUAUGUGGACUUCAUGGAUGAGUACCUUCGCUUAGGUCAUAUGAGCAAGGUGGCAGCUUCUUUAAAGAACGAUGAAUCGUUUUAUCUACCACAUCAUCCGGUCUUCAAGACCGACAGCACCGCGACGAAGUGUCGAGUGGUGUUUGACGCAUCGAGUAAAUCUUCAACGGGUGUGUCUUUGACACACUAA